GUCCCUCUUCCUAUGCUAAUUGAUCCAAUUGUCCAAAAAACUUUGAUUAUCUGAGGAGAUAAGGCCUCCCGCCUCGCUUUCAGCUUAACUCCCAUCUUCGUCUCUGGGCUCACCAGACACCGAUUGAAUAAGGUGUCAGAUUGAAGGCAUGGCUUCCGCUUUCUCCAUUUCUACAACUAAUGUUGGAAUAAUUAGACCUUUGGAUGGUCGAAACCACGUUGGCUUGAGACCCUCAAACAAUGCCAAGUUUAUUAAUGCUGGGCGAGCAAUUAAGACACGAAACCGACCUCUGCUGGUAAUCAGAGCAAGCGAAGAGCGGGAACGGUCACCGGAGAAGUUGGGAUUAAGUGAUGAGGAAUGUGAAGCUACUGUUGUGGCUGGAAAUGUUCCUGAAGCACCACCAGUUCCUCCUAAAGCUACUGCACCAGCUGGAACUCCUGUUAUCUCUCCACUUCCACUCAGUAGGCGUCCUCGUCGUAAUCGGAAGUCACCUGCACUGAGAUCAGCUUUCCAGGAGACAUCUAUAUCUCCUGCAAAUUUUGUUUAUCCACUUUUUAUUCAUGAAGGCGAAGAGGACAACCCAAUUGGAGCUAUGCCUGGAUGUUAUAGGCUGGGAUGGAGACAUGGACUUGUAGAAGAGGUUUACAAGGCCAGGGAUGUUGGUAUUAAUAGUAUUGUGCUUUUCCCCAAAGUCCCAGAAGCUCUGAAGUCUCCCACUGGAGAUGAAGCAUACAAUGACAAUGGUCUAGUGCCUCGAGCAAUAAGGCUUCUCAAAGACAAGUACCCUGACAUUGUCAUCUACACUGAUGUUGCAUUGGAUCCUUAUUCCUCUGAUGGACAUGAUGGGAUUGUUCGAGAAGAUGGAGUUAUAAUGAAUGAUGAAACAGUUCAUCAGUUAUGUAAACAGGCUGUUGCACAGGCCCGAGCAGGAGCUGACGUUGUCAGUCCAAGUGACAUGAUGGAUGGUCGUGUAGGAGCCAUUCGGGCAGCUCUGGAUGCUGAGGGUUUUCAAAAUGUGUCUAUCAUGUCAUAUACAGCAAAGUAUGCAAGUUCAUUCUAUGGUCCAUUCCGAGAAGCUUUAGAUUCGAAUCCCCGUUUUGGAGACAAAAAGACUUACCAGAUGAACCCCGCAAACUACAGAGAAGCUCUGGUCGAAGCCUGUGCUGAUGCUGAAGAGGGAGCUGAUAUACUUCUAGUGAAACCUGGACUCCCAUACUUGGAUAUUAUACGACUUCUUCGAGACAACUCCCCUCUGCCAAUUGCUGCUUAUCAGGUUUCUGGAGAGUACUCCAUGAUCAAAGCUGGUGCUGUUCUCAAAAUGAUUGAUGAAGAGAAAGUCAUGAUGGAGUCUUUGAUGUGUCUCCGGCGGGCUGGUGCAGACAUCAUACUCACUUAUUUUGCUCUUCAAGCAGCUAGAUGUUUCUGUGGUGAAAGGUGAGAAAUGACUUGCAGAGAGUAAACUUUUUCAAAACACCCGGAACUCUAUCUAAAUGUAUGUGUCAAUAAGCAAGCUUAGAUUGAAAAAAGAUGUACUGAAGCUGCCAAUGCAUGGUCUUUUCUUU